AGCACCUCUCUGCCUGGGCUUUCCUGCCACAUCUGCAGCUCCCCUCGCAGAAUUAGCCCUUUCUUCGCCCGGCGAGGCGCAGGGAUGAACCACGCGAGACCUCGCUAUGUCAUCGAACGUCCUGCAUAUUCGGUCAGCCUCUUUGACGAAGAGUUUGAGAAGAAAAGCAGAAGUUAUCCAGUUGGGGAAAAACUGAAAAACCUUUUCAGAUGUUCAGCUUCCAGAUUCAAACUCAUCCUCUUCAGCCUGUUCCCAAUUCUUGCGUGGCUUCCCAAGUAUAAAAUUAAGGACUAUGUUUUGCCUGAUGUUCUUGGCGGGCUCAGUGCCGGGACGAUUCAGGUACCACAAGGGAUGGCCUUCGCACUACUGGCCAAUCUACCUCCCGUCAAUGGGCUCUACUCCUCCUUCUUCCCCUUAGUAACAUACUUCUUCCUUGGCGGCAUCCAUCAGAUGGUCCCAGGUACUUUUGCAGUCAUCAGCAUUAUUGUUGGGAACGUUUGCAAUGAGCUGGCUCCAGAAUCGGACUUCCAGUAUUUUAAUCAUACCACCAACGAGAUCAGUGUGAACACCACUGCUCUGGAAGCAGCUAGAUUGGAGAUCUCUGCCACGCUAGCCUGCCUGACAGCCAUCAUACAACUGUGCCUGGGAUUCGUGCAGUUUGGCUUUGUUGCUAUCUACCUCUCAGAGUCUUUCAUCAGGGGCUUCAUGACAGCAGCGGGGUUGCAGAUCCUCAUCUCCGUGCUCAAGUACGUCUUCGGCUUGACAGUACCGUCUUACACCGGGCCCUUAGCUAUCGUCUAUACAUUCAUUGAUAUUUGUAAAGGUCUUCCCAAGACCAACGUGGCUUCCCUCGUCUAUGCCUUGGUCAGUGCUGUGCUCCUGAUCAUUGUUAAGGAGCUCAACCUAAAGUACAUGAAAAAGAUUCGGAUGCCCAUCCCCAUGGAGAUCAUUAUCGUGAUUGUUGCAACUGCGAUCUCUGGCAGCUUUAACAUGCCUGAGAAGUACAACAUGCCGAUAGUUGGGAAGAUCAGCAUGGGCUUCCCAGCCCCAACCUUGCCUCUGGUGAACAAGUGGAAGGACAUGAUAGGCACAGCUUUCUCACUCGCCAUCGUGAGCUACGUGAUCAACUUAGCUAUGGGGAGAACUCUGGCAGCCAAGCACGGCUAUGAUGUGGACCCCAACCAGGAAAUGCUGGCCCUGGGCUGCAGUAACUUCUUUGGAUCCUUCUUCAAAAUCCAUGUGAUCUGCUGUGCUCUCUCCGUCACUCUCGCUGUGGACGGGGCAGGAGGGAAAUCACAAGUGGCAAGUUUCUUUGUGGCACUGGUGGUUAUGGUGACCAUGCUGGCUCUGGGGAUCUACCUCGAACCGCUUCCAAAGUCUGUCCUGGGAGCACUUAUUGCAGUGAACCUGAAAAACUCCCUCAAGCAGCUGGCUGAUCCCUUCUACCUGUGGAAGAAGAGCAAGUUGGACUGUCUGGUGUGGCUGGUGAGCUUCCUGUCUGCUUUCUUCCUGAGCCUGCCCUACGGUGUUGCUGUGGGCGUGGGAUUUUCUGUGCUGGUAGUGGUUUUCCAUACCCAGUUCCGUAAUGGUUCUGCCCUGGGCCAAGUAACUUCCACUGACAUCUACAAGAACCCUAAGGCCUACAACAAGGUAUACGAACUUAACGGGAUUAAAAUUGUAACCUACUGCUCCCCACUGUACUUUGCCAACUCAGAGAUAUUCCGGGAGAAGAUUAUAACCAAGACUGGGGUGGAUCCCAGUAAAGUGUACUUAGCCAGGAAGAAAUUUGUGAAACGGCAGAAGAAGGGAACUGUACAGCCACCAACAAACCUACCAAAAUUCCUACUGAGGCAGAACAAGACCUUGUCUUUGCAAGAGCUCCAGAAAGAUUUUGAAAGCACCUCUCCAACAGAUACCAACAACAACCAGACGACUGCUAAUGGUGCCAGCAUCUCUUACAUCACAUUCCGCCCUCCUGCUAACGGUGCUGGGCAGGUGCACACCUCCAGUGAGCUGGGCAGCACCACCAGUCUGCCAGGAAGCACCGUCAGCAUCAUGCCUGCAGCAGAUGUUGACCCUAUGACGACAGCACCGCCCUAUGUCAGCUUCCACACCAUCAUCCUUGACAUGAGCGGAGUGUGCUUUGUGGAUCUCAUGGGCACAAAAGCACUGGGCAAGUUGUGUUCCAGUUAUCAGAAGAUUGGGAUUAAAGUGUUCUUGGCAAACGUGCAUGCCCAGGUGUACAACGACAUUAGCACAGGUGGAGUCUUUGAGGAAGGGGGCCUGGACCAAAGUCACAUCUUCUUGACUAUCCAUGAUGCUGUUUUGUUUGCACUGGCAAAUACCAAAGAAGUUGUCCACCCUCCCAUCUUAGAAGAGAGGCCAAAUCAGACUGAGCUUUCCAUCUAUGACGAGUCUGUGGAUGAAAGCAGUGCAGAGUUCAAGAACCUGGAGGAGGAGAUGUUUGGAAGCAUGUUCCACUCAGAGGCGCAGACAGCUCUGUGAGCACGUGGGGAGCGUCAGAGUACGGGCAAACCCUUCAGAUCAGACUCCUGUCUCCCACCCCUUCACAAAGAACUGCACUUCUCUCUGGAGAUAAAAUCAGUUUGCAAAGGAAGGGGCCAUCACACCUCCCGAACUGAUACCUUCUUCCCUCCUGCCUGCUCAGCUUCUGGUAGUCAGAGCAAUGAACUCUGGAGCAGGUAACAGAAAACUACGGAAGCAGGAACUCAGGAAAUGCUAUUCCAUUAAUCACAAAAGAGAAGCGAGUUCAUUUGAUGGCAGGUGCCUUAAUGACUGGAAUGAUUAGUCAUCAUUGCCAACCAAGUGGCCUCCUUUGUCUCACUCUAGAACACAAUUGCACUCUUCUACCCACACAGGCAUUACAUAAUUUGGGCAUCCCACUUCUUUCUUUUUUUUUUUUUCUCUUUUACUGAUGAAGUGAAAUAUAAGGAAAUACUAUGAGCUUUUCAUGGCUUUGAUUCAUGAGCAAAAGCAGCUCUUGCAAGGUGCAAUGACGCAGCUUUGUACGGUAAUGUUGUUUUACAAAGUGCACUGACUUUCAGGGUGUCUGCACAGUAAGUGCAAAUCCUUGAAUUUCCCUAUGUUUCCGUGUUGCACCGCCUCUACCUUUUCUGUGGCCCCAUCAUCCCCCGGUACUGCUCCCUCUGUGACCCAUAGUCCCAGAACCACUGCCUCAAACCAGUGCUGUAUUUUUGACACCCUGAAGAUCUUGGUACACUGUCUCAGUAGGGCUGCUUUCUGGAUUACCUUUUUUGUGCGUGCGUGUGUGUAACAGGACUAUUUUGUAACCAGACCUAAGAAUCCCGUGUUGCUGUGUGUUAUAUGCACAGACUGGCCUGCUUACAGAAUUGGGGUCCAAUUCAAACCCUUCUGAAGUAUUUUAGUGAUCUUUCUGCUGACUGGAUUGGGUUUUGGAUAAGGCUCUUAGGCUGUGCAUGUCAUGAAAGCAGUAAUUCCAAAGGUGCUCUGGCCUCCUUCCCAUUUUUUUGUUGACUGGAAUGACUGAAAGACUCAGUUCAGAACAUGGACGAGUGUUUCGGGGAGAUCUAUUUUUUCCAAAUAAUUUCGAUCACAAGUGAGAGCACCUUCUGCACAAUUUUCAUGAUGUCAUAGAUACAGAGCAAUAAAAUUGAAAUUUGAGCAUAUUUUAUGCCUGCAACUAGGGAACAGCCCGAGUGACACCCUGUGCUACGUAGGGCUUCUGAUAAAUGUCUCUUAAAUGGUCAUCUAUUCAGCAAAAGAAACCUCUUUUAUAGUAAUGUGAUCUUUCCAUAACAAUUUUCUACUGCAGGUUUGAUGACUUUCAUUAAAAUUCACCACAGACUGAUGCUACCAGGAUCACCUACCUCUCAGGCAAAGAAGCUUGACUCACUAACCCACAGACAGACAGAUGAGAUCUUGAUCAUUUCUAAAAAUCUAACAUUCUUUUAUAUGUGAGUGAUGCUAAUAACAGCUGCUAUUUUAGGGUUUUUUUUUUUCCAAUGCCUUCAUUUUUACCCAGUACUAAUGCUAUGACAGUUAUGACAAGAUGAAAAUAUAAAGUCUGAAAAAAAGCAAGCAUAAGCCAAGGGCUAAUGGGACCCUUCUUCAAUGCAUUUCAACCUCAAACAUGGGUUUUAUGAGAAUAAGGUUAUUACAAAAGUUUGGACAAAGACACAUACUGGUAUGUCUUCAACUGCAAUGAAAACAACUCUUUCUGUUUGA